AUGUCGCCCGCCGAGCCCGCCGCCACCGCGGCCAACACCUCGUCGCCAUCGCCCGCCAGCAAGCUCGUCAAGGACCUGUCGUUUUCCCGCGCGAGCCGUACCAAGCCCAGCCCAAACAAUGCCGGCCUCCCGAGCCUGAAGCAGCUUUCCGACCGCCUGCAGCCAUCAGCCAGUGUGGGUACGAACACCACCGCCAAGCCGGCGCUCAACGACGUGACUGUGAGCACGACCAACCUCCCGACGUCCUCGUCGGGCCCGUCGCUGUCCCCCUCGCGCCUCAAGCUUCCCCAGAGUGCCAUGCAGCGCGCCAACAUUUCCCCUCCAUCACCUGUGCGCGGCGCCUCAGCUGCCCCUGAUGCCGGCACCGAACUCAGUGCGGGAAAGACCGAGAAAGAUGUCGUGGCGAACAAGGUCGACAAGGAAGCACAGGACAGUGACAAAGACGCUCAGUCCACCGAUUCUCGUGCCGAUCUCCCCAACAACAGUACCACUGCCAGCGCUGGCGCAGAUGCCACCGCCCCUGUCACCGCCGCCGACAAGGAGGGCAGCUCCAAGGCCACGGAAUGGCGUCGCGGGGGCCGAGCAGGCCUCGGCGUCGGCUUCCCUGGUGCUGCGACCUCAGGCCCAGAGACUCCCAGUCGCCCUGCGGCGAUCGGCAAGGCCGUCCCCGAGAUCGUCGUGGAGGCUGGCACGCCUACCAAGGAUGUCGCCGGGGGCGAGACAACCCCGCGUACCACCACCGCUAACGGCGAGCACCCACUCGCUCACCCUUGGACGAUAUUCUACGACUCGAAGACUUACAAGCCCGACCCCGCGACGGUCAAGAAGGACGACAUGCUCAACGAGUGGGAGGCGUCGCUCCUCACAGUUGGUACAUUUGACACGAUCGAGGGCUUCUGCCGCAACGUCAACAACAUUCGCAUGCCGAGCGCCAUUGCCAAGCACGCAAACUACCACCUGUUCAAGGAUGGUAUCCGUCCCAUGUGGGAGGACCCAGCCAACAAGGACGGCGGCAAGUGGGUGGCCCUCAUCCGCUCGUCACCUGGUUUGAUGGACCAUGUCUGGUCCAGCCUCUCCAUGGCGCUCGUCGGCGAGAUGCUCGACCCCGAGGACGGCGUGUGCGGCAUUGUCGUGUCGGCUCGUCCCAAGAUGGACCGCAUUCAAGUGUGGACUCGCAAGCGUGACAACAUUGAAUACUUGAACACCCUCGCGGCCCGUAUUGUCGACUUUAUGGGCCUCGAGCCAAGUGAGAUGGGCGCGGUCUCGCUCGAGUUCCAGGGCAACGCCGCCGGCAGCACCCCGCCUCCCGGUGUGCUCACCCGUAUCCCCUUUGGCGGAGGCCGCUCAGUGUCGGUCGCAGUCCCGCCCUCGGCCGACAGCCCUCGCGGCGGUGGCGGCCGCAUGCGCAACCCGUCAUCGCCAGUUAUGCCUUCGUCUCCACUCGGCAGCCACUCUCUCACGAUUCCGGGCUCACCUCGCGCGGGAGGUGGUGCACCUAUGCGCCGUGGCGGCAGCGGUGGUGGUGGUGGUGGUGGUGGUGGGUCAGGCAAUGGAGGUGGUAACAAUGCCUUUUCGGGGCCCAUGGGCUCUCCCCGCCGCCUUGUUAGCACCCCUGCCUCUGGCGGUGCAUAG